UUGAAUAAAAAAUAAUUCAAAAUUCGCAAAACCCUAACAAACAAAAACCCUAGAUUUACCAUCGUUGUAUCAGAAACAACACUUCGCGCUCAAACUCAUCUCCGCAGUCGCAGUUCUUCACUCCCGCCGGAAACAGAUUGAUUGGAAGAGAUGGAGCAUGGUUCGUACUCUGAUUUGAGUAAAUCAACGUUUUGUCUUGUGGAUGAGGAUCACACUUUCGCUAAUUCUGUCAGAUUCACCUUGAAUCAAGAUCCAAGAGUGACAUUUUCUGGGUAUAGCAUUCCACAUCCUUCAGAAAAUCGUGUUAAUGUCAGAGUCCAGACAACUGGGGAUCCAGCAAGUGAGGUGUUAAAAGAUGGUUGUCAGGAUCUGAUGCUUAUAUGCCAGCAUGUUAGGAGCACUUUUGAGAAGGCAGUUAAAGAUUUUAAAACCAGCAAGACCGGUGAUGAUGCUAUGGAUAUAUGAACUAAUAUGCUGGAUAUAGUUUUGAUUUUGUAUUAGUUAAUAGUAUUUGUUUGAGCAUUAACAUAUAGACACUGAAUGUGUGUUACCAAAGUUUGAUGUUAAAGAAUCAUGUCCCAUUUUGUUGA